UCGGUUCCGCCCGACUUUAACAUGGCGGCGCCCUUUGUCUGCUCUGAAGUGCCGUCCCAGGCCUUCUCGCGGCCGUGAUGCACCUCCCUCCGCGGCGCGGCUCGGGACAUGGCAGGUGAGGGUAACGAGCUGGAGAAGGGGAGCGAAGCUGGAGUUGACACAGACAAAGUGUUGGAAAGGAGCAGCCUGGGCUGUUUGAAAAUCUGAGCCAUGGACUUCCCCCAGCACAGCCAGCAUGUCCUGGAGCAGCUGAACCAGCAGCGGCAGCUGGGACUUCUGUGUGACUGCACCUUUGUGGUGGAUGGUGUCGACUUUAAGGCCCAUAAGGCAGUGCUGGCGGCCUGCAGUGAGUACUUCAAGAUGCUCUUCGUGGACCAGAAGGAUGUGGUGCAUCUGGACAUCAGUAACGCGGCGGCAGGCUUGGGGCAAGUGCUGGAGUUCAUGUACACAGCGAAGCUGAGCCUGAGCCCUGAGAAUGUGGAUGAUGUGCUGGCUGUGGCCAGCUUCCUCCAGAUGCAGGACAUCAUCACGGCCUGCAACGCCCUCAAGUCACUUGAUGAGCCAGUCACCAGCCCUGGGGAGAAUAUGGAGGUCCCAGCUGCAGAAGGAGGUGACAGGAGAACCAAAGAAAAGGCUGCUGCCACCACACUGAGCAGGCUGGACCAAGUUGGAAGCAGUGUACCCCCAGGCCCAGCGGGAGAGCCUAAAGAGGAGCGGGGUGGCCAGGCCGAGAGCACAGCUAGUGGUGCAGAGCAGACAGAGAAGGCCGAUGCCCCCCGGGAGCCCCUUCCUGUGGAGCUCAAGCCAGACCCAACGAGCAGCAUGGCUGCAGCAGAAGCUGAGGCUGCCAUGUCGGAAAGCUCAGAGCAAGAAAUGAAGGUAGAGCCAGCCAGCAAAGGAGAAGAGCCUGAGGAGGAAGACUCAGAGCCCACCGAGGUCAAGGAGGAGGGAGCACGGCUGGAGAACGGAGAGGCCCCUGAGGAGACCGAGGAGUCUGUGGGCACGGACUCGGGACAGGAGCUCAGCGUGGAGGCCCGGAGCCUGCGCUCUGGCACUUAUGGGGACCGCACUGAGUCCAAGGCGUAUGGCUCCGUCAUCCACAAGUGCGAGGACUGUGGGAAAGAGUUCACGCACACGGGCAACUUCAAGCGCCACAUCCGCAUCCACACUGGCGAGAAGCCCUUCUCAUGCCGAGAGUGCAGCAAGGCCUUCUCCGACCCUGCUGCCUGUAAGGCCCACGAGAAGACACACAGCCCGCUGAAGCCAUAUGGCUGUGAAGAGUGCGGCAAGAGCUACCGGCUCAUCAGCCUGCUGAACCUGCACAAGAAGCGGCACUCGGGGGAGGCGCGUUACCGCUGCGAGGACUGCGGCAAGCUCUUCACCACCUCGGGCAACCUCAAGCGCCACCAGCUGGUGCACAGCGGUGAGAAGCCCUACCAGUGUGACUACUGUGGCCGCUCCUUCUCAGACCCCACGUCCAAGAUGCGCCACCUGGAGACGCACGACACUAACAAGGAGCACAAAUGCCCACACUGUGACAAGAAGUUCAAUCAGGUGGGGAACCUGAAAGCCCACCUGAAGAUCCACAUUGCAGAUGGGCCCCUCAAAUGCCGAGAGUGUGGGAAGCAGUUCACCACCUCAGGUAACCUCAAGCGGCACCUGCGGAUCCACAGUGGGGAGAAGCCCUAUGUGUGCAUCCACUGCCAGCGGCAGUUCGCUGACCCCGGUGCCCUGCAGCGGCAUGUCCGGAUCCACACGGGUGAGAAGCCAUGCCAAUGUGUGAUGUGCGGCAAGGCCUUCACGCAGGCCAGCUCCCUCAUAGCCCACGUGCGCCAGCACACUGGCGAGAAGCCCUACGUCUGCGAGCGCUGUGGCAAGAGGUUCGUGCAGUCCAGCCAGCUGGCCAAUCACAUUCGCCACCACGACAACAUCCGGCCCCACAAGUGCAGCGUGUGUAGCAAGGCCUUCGUGAACGUAGGGGACCUGUCCAAGCACAUCAUCAUCCACACUGGAGCGAACCUUGCCUCCUCACCAGGAGAGAAGCCCUACCUGUGUGACAAGUGUGGGCGCGGCUUCAACCGCGUGGACAACCUGCGCUCCCAUGUGAAGACUGUGCACCAGGGCAAGGCGGGCAUCAAAAUCCUGGAGCCAGAGGAGGGCGGUGAGGUCAGCGUGGUCACUGUAGAUGACAUGGUCACACUAGCCACCGAGGCACUGGCAGCAACAGCCGUCACUCAGCUCACAGUGGUACCAGUGGGGGCAGCAGUGACAGCCGAUGAGACAGAAGUGCUGAAAGCGGAGAUCAGCAAAGCAGUGAAGCAAGUGCAGGAAGAAGACCCCAACACCCACAUCCUCUAUGCCUGUGAUUCCUGUGGGGACAAAUUCCUGGAUGCCAACAGUCUGGCACAGCAUGUUCGGAUCCACACAGCCCAGGCACUGGUCAUGUUUCAGACGGACGCGGACUUCUACCAGCAGUAUGGGCCAGGCAGCACUUGGCCAGCUGGGCAGGUGCUGCAGGCCGGAGAACUGGUCUUCCGCCCCCGGGAUGGAGCUGAGGGCCAGCCUGCCUCGGCUGAGAGUCCUCCUGCAGCUCCUGAGUGUCCACCGCCUGCUGAGUGACUGGAGGCCCUCCUCUUUGACUUUUUAUUUAAGGGUGGUGGAUGGCACCCUAGAACUGAGAAGGGUGGCCCCAUUCCCUAGAGAAUAAAUUUGAUUAUU